CUUGUGAGACAAAUGAAACAAGAAUCACCAAUAUAGAAUCACACGGUACACAAGCAUCAGAGGGAUAUAUAAAGUCGUUCACAACUUUUAUUCCCGAUAGCCAAAACGAUUCCCUACAGCAUCCCACUCAUACCACAGUUCUCUAUUUCAAUACUUAAAGCCCGAGCAUCAAAAUCUGGACCUUGCCCUCGAAAUCAUCAUGACCUCUCAAAAUUUCGACAUCAUCAUCGUGGGAGGCGGCACGGCCGGUUGCAUGCUUGCAAACAGGCUCUCGGAGGAGGGGCGUUACCGCAUCCUUCUUGUAGAAUCUGGAGAAGACCUGACAAGUGACCCUCGAACCAAUAUCCCAUCGUUGGGCCCGCUUCUCAUGGCUACAGAUGCCAACUGGGGCUUUUCGACUGUUCCUCAGGCCAACAUCGGAAACCGCACGAAUUCAGCGAGUGCCGGCCGUUUGCUUGGAGAAUCAAGCGCUAUUAACGGUUUCGCCUUUCUUCCGAACUCUAAAUCAAGCGUUGAGGCCUGGGCCAACCUUGGCAAUUCAGGCUGGAAUUGGGAAGCCUUCUCUAGGUCUAUGGAUCGAUUUACAUUAGCCACAGCCACAUCCACCACGAAUCCCGCUAAAAGCCCUCUCCAGAUUACUAUCCCAGAAGAGGAUACAGAGUGGCCGCGUGUAUGGAGGGACACACUUGCUAGGCUUGGUUUCCCGGUUGCUCAGGAUGGAUUGACUUCUGGCAACAUUCUGGGAAGCUUGAUGGGGGGAGAAACAAUUGGUCUUGACAAGAAGAGAAGCUAUUCAGCUGAGGCAUACUUGGACGAUACAGUUCGGUCAAGAAUUAAUCUCACCAUUUGGACAAAAGCUACUGUCGAUCGAAUCAUCUUCGAAAAUUCAGAUUCCGAUACUCCCAUUGCAGUUGGUAUUACGGUUCGUGACAGUGGAACUGGGACUUUGAAGUCCGUUUUGGCAAACAAAGAAGUCGUUCUUAGUGGGGGCACAAUUAAUUCUCCGCGUUUACUUGGAUUUUCAGGCGUUGGCAACCCAAAUAUUCUGGAGCCAUUUGGAAUUGAAGUCAUCGUUAACAAUCCCAACGUCGGCGAGCACUUGUAA